UCAAAGGUCAAUGUGGGUGGGCAGAAUCUUCCAGAAUCAAGUGGUGUGGUCUUUGACGGAAGAGCUUUUCUUACGAGCUAAAACAAGAAGAAGAUACACGGUUUUGUUGGUUUGAAUUCUGAAUACAGCCCUUAAAAUAUCGGAUCGCGUGUAACUGGUGAGAACUGAACAUGCUAACAGCUGACUGAAGCAGUGAAUAAAGUGAGAGCUUGUCACCUCGACCAGACCAGCAGCAUCAGAGUUUGGUUAGUAACGGAAGAUGGACGGGAGUGUGACAGUCAUCACCAACCCCACCGUGUCCGUGCGGGUGACCAGCACCGUCAGCUCCUUCGAGGUGAACCGGAGAUUCAACCGAGGCAUAACGAUCGCAGAGUUUAAGAGUAAACUGGAGCUGAUUGUGGGCACCCCAGCUGCCUUUAUGGACCUUGAGCUAUUUAGCACUUCAGACAAGCUCUUACAGAAGCUAGACAACAAUGAAGCGCUGCUCGGCUCCUAUCCUGUGGAUGAUGACUGCAGAAUACAUGUGACAGACUGCAGUGGUACACAAAGUGGGGAGUUCACUGAUUUGUCAAAGGUGGAGAAAUUUGAGAUCUCUGAUGAAGCCUAUGAAAAAAGGGCAGAUUCGAUACGGAACUUCAAGAAGAAUAUGAAGUUAGGUAGAUUUAAUGAGGAAAACAGGGCCAAGCAAGAAGAGGCUCUUGCUAAGAAAGAAGAGGAAGAGAAGGUGGCUGCUGAAGACAUUGCUGUUGGGAACCGCUGCAAAGUUCAAGUUCCUGGGCAACCUACCAAGAUUGGCACUGUUAUGUUUGUUGGUACAGCAGAUUUCAAACCAGGCUACUGGGUUGGUGUGAAAUAUGAUGAGCCGCUGGGGAAGAAUGAUGGCAGUGUGAAUGGGAAACGUUAUUUUGAGUGUGAGCCAAAAUAUGGCGUCUUCGUGAAGCCCCUCUCAGUAACUGUGGGAGACUUCCCUGAAGAGGACUAUGGUUUGGAUGAGAUGUAAGACUCGCCUGAUGAGCAGUCAGAAGCGUCAGAAGAAAGAUCCUCUUUCUUCCAGAGGUUUGGCUCCAUGCAGUGAGACAUUGCUGCGGUAGAAGGUUUUUUUGUCAUCAGUGCAGAUCAUUUUGUUUUAUGCUGGUCUGGAAGAGAUCAGUAAAAAUUGUACCUUAAUUUCCUGCAGUCAAACUCAAGGAAUGAUCUUAAACAACAUCUGUGCCCUGGCGACUAGAAGUAACUAGUAAGGUAAAUGUGAGAACACCAGCCAAGGUCAGAGUAAAGAAAAGCAUUCGCUUGCAUGUUGAUUGUUCAUUAUUGAAUUCCAAAGUUCUGCAGCUAAUUUGAGCCCAGACCGAAUAUUUUUACUUCAAACAAAACCAACCAACCACAACAGAAAAUGUUCUUCACGUUUUUGCAGUUCUGUGCACACUGUAUUGUACUAAUGAAUUCCUCCUUUUCAGCAGCCGAUUACAUUCUUAUGCCUCAAUAUGACUGUGUUGUAGGGUAUCAGACCCUCAUUCUCUUUGGCACUUUAGCGAUUAGCUCACUAAUGAGAUGUGUAAUGUAGAAUCCGUGGCCUCAGUUUUUCUAUGGUUCUGUAUUUUCAGUGUAAAUUACAGAAAUGUGACAAGAAGUCUUGUUUUGUUUUUUUUGUGAAAAUUGGCAUGUAAGUAUUUUCAUGCAUGUCGAAUUUACGUUUAUCAGAAAGGCCUAAUGUUUGUAUGGAAUUCUGUUUAGUAAAAUCUUUGUUUCAAAUAAAUCCAUGUGCCAAUUUUGAACAUCCUGCAGACAUAUGCCCAAAUUGUCUUUUUUUU